UGGUACAGUCCACUGCCACCCCUUGAUGAUGUUCAGUGAAUGGAACGGUCCAGGAUAAUUGGGGGAGCAUCUCGCCUUGCAUGACCAAUGAGAGGCUAGACAAUCCUUUCAAAACUGAUCACCUUUGGGCAUUCCAACCGAUGGCUUUGUUGGCUGAAGCCUGUGCCAUGUUGGAACACUGGGAGAUGUCAGUUCAUUAGGGAAGAAAAACCCGGUGCUUGGCCAUGCUUCUCUGGAGUGUAGUUGGAAACCAGACCAUCUUAGACAUAAGGCACAGCCAUGGAGGAGAUGCUGAGCGUCUUGAAGACACACUGGGAGGAUUUCAAGAGGAUUGCCGGGCUGGAAGUCCUGGUCACCGAGGGGGUUGACCUGGUCCUGACCUGUAUACUGGUGCUGUUUGUUUUGGGAAUCGUUAUAAAAUCAUGCGUCCUUCUUGUAAAGGGAUGUGUGGUCGGAGUUCGCUAUAUACGCGGAAUGCUGACCUCCCCCAGAGUAAAGAGGGACAUCCUGGACACAACAGAUCAUGUCAAUAGAGUGGAAGAUUCCACUAAGGAUGAAGGGGGCAUGGUAUCAGAUGAUUCUCCCAAUGAAGCAAAACAGAAUGAAGUAAACAACGACAAAAUAGAAGAUGCUGUCGGACUUCUGGAGACAGAAGAGUUUGACUUUGACAUACCUGUCUCACCUGUCAACAAGGAACAAGAGGGAGAAACCAGUGUCAACAAGGAAGACAAUGAAGAAGACGAUGACGAAGUCUUCUUCGGUCCUGUGGGAUUCCGAGAGCAGGUCAUCUCCAAGGCCAAGGAUAUACAGGAGGAGGAAGAGAAGUUUGUGCCACUGGAACUGAACGGGGACCAGUAUGCAGAGCUCUUCGUGGAGGCCACAAGGCUGGCUAAAGAGCUGGAGAAGGAGAGCAAGAGAAACCGGGAAGAGGAGAUCAAGUUGGCGAAGACUGAGGCACGGCUUUUCAAGAAGAAGGCCCCGCAAAACAGUCCCCGUAACAGUCCCCGCAGGAUGACCUACACUCUUGAUACGCCGGAAAAGGAGGGGCCUUCAAGUUCAACAACAACAGCCGAUGCACAGGAUUCAAAACAAACGCAGCAAAACAACGAGGUUAAAGAGGGACAGAGUGGUUUGAUACCAAAAAGACUAGGCAGACCAGCAGUGCGAAACAAUACCUACACCAGUAAUGGGAGUUCUAGAAUCGGGUCUGGUAUAAGACCCCCAGGUUCUAGCAGUGGUAGCCAGAAGUUGAGCUGCUCUAACAACGAGUCGGGAGAAAAGGCAGCAACGGAAAAGUCGGCGGAUAGCUCAGAAAAGGAAGCCAACGGAAGAAGAGAACUGAUCAAACCUGGUAUACGCAAGGGCACAUUCACAAUGAGUCCUAUCAACACCAACAGUAACAAUUCCCAUGUAACAAGGAAUGGCAGCGACAGCAAUGGCGCAGCGGAUGCACCAAAGCAGCCUGUGAAGAGACGAUCGGGGAUUCCCGCCCCCGGCAGCAGGGGCUCGAGCCUGCCCAGGUCCCAGAUCCCCAGGAAGGGGUCUGCCGGGAUGAACAGCUCCAUGAACCGGUCGGUGUCUAUGGAGAGCAGAAUGAGCAGGAGCGCUAGCCAGAAUGGACAAAAUGACAGCACAAACCCCAGCCUGGGUUCUCUGGGGCGCAGCUUCAGUAACGGCAGUAUCGACGACUCGGACGACGCGGCCAGCGUGACGUCUGACGCCAGCGACAUCUCCACAGCCUCAGCUCCCGCUGCUGUCAAGAGGAAAGGCUCGGUGGGAUCGCUACCCCAGAAUGCAAAGGUUGUGAAGACUAGCGCCAUGCCACAGCGCUCUGGGAGUGUGCCCAAGCUGUCGGGUCGCCGCCGGUCAAACUCUGCUUCUUCUACAUCCAGGACUUCAUCAACACCCUCCAAAGGUCCCAGCAAGAAGCGAGUACCAUGCCUCCAGCCACCCCAGACCAAGCCCCAGCUGGCCAAACCCGCGGCCUCAGCCAACACCAGCUUCUCCAAGAAGUCCCUGCUCCCCGGGGGAGGCUACGGUGUGCCCAUGCCUAAGAAACAGCAGCCCAUGAGAGCCACGCUGCCCAUGUCUCAGAUCAGCACUCCCAAGGUUAAUGGAAACAGCCAGGUGCAGUCGACCCCCCGGACCAUCCCUGCCCUGACCCCCCGCGCCUCCAUCCCCUCAGCCUCCACACCGGUGGUGCAGGACAAGAAGGUGGUGCCCAAACGCAUCUCCGUGGAUGAACAGCCUGGAAGCGCAAACAGACCGCUGCCUGCAGUGCCCAGCACCCCACAGAACAGUAGGAUCCCCAGUGCAUCCUCCGCGUCGUCCAGGAGACGGUCGGGCAUCCCCACCCCCAGGAGCAUGCAGAGGCAGUCCAGACUCCCACCCAGGGGCUCCGCACUACCCACACCUGGGUCCAGUAGAAGGUCCUGCCUCCCUACACUUGCAGCCAAUGACAGUCCCUCAGAAUUCCCGGCCACACACUUGAGGAAGGUGCAGGAAAUAAACGAUUCUCCGCUGGCGCUGAGAGGCUCCGGUCCAGACAACCUGCCCAAGGCGCUCAUCGACUUUGGAGACGAGGACAUGAAAAGCAACUCUCCUGCUGUAGCAAACGUGAGUAGUCUUUUGUACCGUUGUUUCUUGUCUUGUGUUGUAAUUAGCGGUGGGUACCAGUACAAGAAAUUCAGGUCCAGGUACGGUCCAGGUCCAGAGGAUGGGAUGCAGGUCCGGACCUGAACCUACAUGUCUGUG